AUGCGGCCUGGUCAUUGCCAAGCGAAGAGCAUAGUAAUUGGUUCUCAUGUAAAACUCUAUUACGAGGAUGUGAAGCGUAUUCAUAAGCCUAAGGACAUUAUCAAUGAUGUUCGCAAGGAAUUUGGGGUCAACAUAAGUUAUUCAAAGGCAUGGCGAUUGUGGGAAAAGGCUUUGGACAUGAUCUGGAGGGGUGCGGAGGAAUCAUUCCAGUUGUUGCCAUCUUAUCUGUACAUGUUGAAGUUGAAAAACCCUAGGACGAUUGUUGAAAUCGAGAGUGACAGUGAGAGCAGAUUCAAGUACCUAUUUAUGGCAAUUGGUGCAUGUCUUGCUAGAUUUCGUAGCCAAAUGCGGCCCAUAAUUGUAGUUGACGCUUGCUUUCUCAAGGGUAAAUAUCUUGGUAGUUUGUUUGUUGUCACAUACAAAGACGAUAACAACAAUGUAUAUCCUAUAGCAUGGGGAGUAGGAGAUUCCGAGAAUGAUGUCUCAUGGGAAUGGCAUAAAAGCAUCAGUAAGGCGGUACUAAUAGUUUUCCCUAAUGCACUAAACGUACAUUGUAUAUAUCACAUUGGUCAGAACGUUAAGGCUAAAUUCCAGCAUGAAAAUGCGCAUGCUUUGUUUUACAAGGCAACAAAGGCUUAUCGAGAAUCAGAAUUCCAUGAAUUGUUUAACGAGCUCGAGCGAUAUGAUCCAGCCGUCGAGACCUAUCUUAGAGAGGCCGGCUUUAGUUGUUGGGCACAUGCCUAUUCGGAUGGGAAACGGUUUGAUAUAAUGAUGACAAACAUUGCAGAAUGCCACAAUGCAGCUUUGGCGAAUGCAUGGUCAGCUAGUAAGAUGGGUGGACAUCUCACCUCUUGGGCUGAAGGAGAAAUAGCCAAAAGAUUUGCAUUAUGUCAAUAUUGGCAGUCAGAACCGAUUGAUAUGUAUAAAUUCAAUGUCAAAGAUGGCAACUCCAGUGGCAUAGUAGACUUGAAGGCGAAAACUUGCACAUGUCAGGUGUUUGAUUUCAAAAAAUUGCCAUGUGGACAUGCCCUGGCUGUUGCACGUUCACGUAAUAUUGACUCAUACACUUUGUCGUUUGCAUACUACCAAACAAAGGCCCUAUUGUGUGCUUAUGCUGAUCCGAUUAUGCCGAUAGGUUUAUCUGCAAUCUUGGCUUCAAAAUCCCUUACAUCCAAUACUACAAACCCAUAA